UCGUUUGGUAGCAUUGUAAUUAAAUCCGCAGUCAAUGGUCUUUCUCUGGCACUUUUAAGCACUGUUUUGAGAGGUAUGGAUAUCAAUGACAGCAAGAGGAAAAAAUUUGGCCGGAAAACCUACGCAUUCCUUGUGAUAUUUAUGGGGCUAGCUGUGGCCCAAUGGAUUCUGGUCUGCUUGGUGGAAAGUAGUCGUAAGAUAUUCCGCGACUUUGAGAUAAUUUGCUCGGCUACCUUUGCUCUAGCUGGCAUAUUUUUCACCAUUUUCGUUUUUAACGAAGGUGUUCGCAACCACAGGAUUUACAGAUGGCUUGUAGCCCUUAUCAUAGUGGAGCUGGAGAUAUUUUCGAUGUACGUCCUAGUAGCUCGAACCUGGAUUCCAGAUAUGCUCGCCUAUUUCUUUUUCUGCACGCUCCUGUUGGUCGUAGCGCUGGUCGUUGGAUGUCAUCUCUCAUUUUCGAUGGAUAUAACUCGCUACAUAGCUCCGCUGUUUAUCUUGAGCUUUAUAUUGGCAAUGAUGUCGUCUUAUUUUCUGUUGGCCCAUUUAUUUUUACCAAGCCUGAAGCCCUAUGCGUAUCUCAUCUUUGAGCUUGGCCUAACAUUUAUAAUGACAUCGAUUAUCAUGCUGCAUGCUCAAACAAUCAAUGGAGAUCGGUAUGUCCAGAUGAGGGUGAAGGAUUUCAUCCUGGCCGCUUUGCUGGUCUUCCACGAAUUUCUGCUCAUCUACGCACUCACGUUCUACUGGCAGAUUCAUUAUAGCUACUUCACAUCAGCUGACUAUUUCUGGAUGUCGACUAGUACCCCAAAUAUACAGGGAACAACACCAGAAAAUAUUAAUUAUGAUGACUACGACAGUAAAGCUUCUGACGAUGACUGGUCGGCUAGAAAUGAAUCCAGUUUUGAUUGGUACACAGACAUUUGGGAACCCACAAAUGAGCUGAAAUUAAAAGCGUGAACCUA